AUGACCACCCAAAUCCACAACUACAUCAACGCUGAUUUCGUAGCUCCCGAGACUGGCAAAUUCCAUCCCGUCGAAAAUCCAGCGAAUGGAGAUACGAUUGGUCAAGUGGGUGUGUCAAGCGCCAAGGAUGUCGAUGACGCCGUCAAGGCUGCUGAAGCAGCUUUCCCAGCCUGGUCCAAACUCACUGUCAAGGCUCGUGCUGCCAUCAUGAUGAAGUUUCACGCCCUAAUCAAGGAACAUGCGGACGAAUUGGCCGAUCUAAUCGUAUUGGAGAAUGGCAAGAACAAGACUGAAGCUCUCGCCGAUGUUGCCAAGGGAAAUGAAACGGUCGAAUAUGCCUGUUCCCUCCCACAAUUGGUUCAAGGAACUUCGCUCAAAGUUUCGGGGCAAGUAACUUGUGUUGAUCGUAGAGAUCCAUUGGGUGUGGUUGCCAGUAUUGUUCCAUUCAACUUUCCUUUGAUGGUUCCCAUGUGGACGGUCCCCAUUGCGCUCGUCAUGGGAAAUACCGUCGUCCUCAAGCCGUCGGAAAAGGUUCCUCUUACCAUGAACCGAGUAGCCAAACUAUUUGAAGAAGCGGGAUUCCCAAAAGGUGUCUUUAAUAUGGUUCAAGGAAUGCGAGAAUCCGUUGAAGCAUUGAUUGAUCACCCAUCCGUCAAGGCGGUCACCUUUGUCGGUUCCAGUCCAGUUGCCAAAAUUGUCUCGGACCGGUGCCGGGCCUUGCAGAAACGUUGUACCGCUCUAGGUGGUGCCAAGAAUCACCUGGUUGCUUUGCCUGAUUGCGAAAUGGAGGGGGCUGCCUCCGACAUUUGCGUCAGUUUUGCGGGAUGCGCCGGUCAACGGUGCAUGGCGGCGUCCGUUUUGUUGUUGGAUGGUGAACAAGAUGGCUUGUUGAAUUCACUCAUUGAGAAGGCUUCCAAGAUUGAGCCGGGAAGUGGACCUGGACAAAUGGGACCCGUCAUUGAUGGAAUUUCACUUCAGAAAAUUCAUUCCUAUAUCGAGGCGGCCGAAACGGCGGGUGCCAAAAUCUUGUUAGAUGGUCGCAGCUGGAAGGAGAAUGGGGCUAACUGGAUUGGGCCCACCAUCAUUUUGCACAAUUCCAAGGACGACAAGACCAUGAAGGAAGAGGUGUUUGGUCCUGUUCUAUCCAUCUAUGUUGUUUCCAGUUGGGAAGAAGCCCUUGAAAUUGAAAAUGCCAACCCAUUUGGAAACGCAGCUGCCAUUUACACUACCAAUGGAGGAAAUGCAGAAUGGUUCACUUCCAAGUUCCGUGCUAGUAUGUUGGGUAUCAACGUUGGUAUUCCAGUUCCUCGUGAACCAUUUUCCUUUGGUGGUUUGUACGGAACUAAGAGCAAGUAUGGAGACAUGGAUAUCACUGGAGAUGGUGCCGUUGAAUUCUUUUCCAAUCGCAUCAAGGUCACAAGCAAGUGGCCUGUUCAACGAAGUACUAGUACCAAGAGAUCGCACACAGAAAUGGCCGGAGUCAAGGAUGCCGCCAACUUUGCCGGUCAAAUGUAA